GACUGGAAGAAGGAAGGUUUUUGUGGAAACUUGAAGACAUGCGGCGUCUCCUGCAAACUUUACUCAGCCCAAAGUUUCAGCGAGCUGGAGGAAGACCCGACGCUGGAGGAAUGAACUGAAGAGAAGAGGAGAGGAGGGGAGGAGAAGAGCCGUUCACUCCCAUUGAUCCACAAUCGAGGGCUCCUGCAGGGAAGAUGCAGUCUGCUGCUGUGGCUCUGACUGUGCUGAGUGUUUUCUUCAGCCUGGACUGCCUGUCCGCUCAGCGAUUCAAUCCAAACCAGAUUCAAACCCAAGACCAGAAUGAGAGAAACACUCUGGAGGAUGCAGAAACAGAACAGAAGAGGAACCAGCCUCAUAUCUUGUUCAUCCUCAUAGACGACCAGGGUUUUAACGACAUUGGCUACCACAACCCGACCAUCAAGACUCCUACUCUGGAUAAACUGGCAGCUGAAGGAGUGAAACUGGAGAACUAUUAUGUUCAGCCAAUCUGCACGCCGUCACGCAGCCAGCUCAUGACCGGCAGGUAUCAGAUCCACACAGGACUACAACACUCCAUCAUCAGGCCAAGGCAGCCGAGCUGUCUGCCCUUUAACAUGGACACUCUGCCUGAGAGGCUGCGAGAGGCUGGGUACUCCACACACAUGGUCGGCAAGUGGCACCUGGGCUUCUAUAGGAAGGGCUGCCUCCCCACCAGAAAGGGUUUUGACACUUUCUUUGGCUCUUUAACAGGAAGUGUGGAUUACUACAGUUAUGGGUCCUGUGAUGGCCCGGGGUUGUGUGGGUAUGAUCUCCAUGACAACGAGGGUGUGGCGUGGGGCCAGGAGGGGAAAUACUCCACCACGCUUUUCACACAGAGAGCUCGCAAGAUCCUCGAGAUGCACGACCCCACAGACAGGCCACUCUUCCUGCUGCUCUCUCUCCAGGCAGUUCACACUCCUCUACAGACUCCAAAGUCCUACAUCUACCCGUAUCGUGACAUGGCUAACGUCGCCAGGAGAAAGUUUGCUGCGAUGGUGUCCACAGUGGACGAGGCGGUCCGAAACGUGACCUACGCUCUGAGGAAGUACGGAUACUACCGUAACAGUGUUAUCAUCUACUCCACUGACAACGGAGCCCAGCCUUUUACGGGAGGGAGUAACUGGCCACUACGAGGGCGCAAGGGAACAUACUGGGAGGGUGGAGUUCGUGGAGUGGCUUUCGUUCACAGCCCUCUGUUGAAACGAAGGAGGCGGGUCUCUAAAGAUCUGCUGCACAUCACUGACUGGUUCCCCACACUGAUGGGGCUGGCUGGGGGAAACAUCAGCAAGAGCCAGGGUCUGGAUGGUUUUGAUGUUUGGCCCACUAUCAGUGAAGGGAAGGAAUCGCCUCGGAAGGAGAUCCUCCACAACAUCGACCCUCUACACAAACCUACUAAAAACACAAAGUGGGACACCAGCGUAGAGGACACCUCAGUGCCCAAAUCUAAAGGUCCUGGUCCAUAUUUGAAAAAACCAAAGAAGAAGAAGAUCCUGAGGCAGAAGCCAAAGCAGAAGUCAGCUUUCAAAGUGAAGAACGUCAAGAAACUAAGGACGUCUCCCGAUCAUGCUGCUAAGACUACAUCUAAGCCUCCCCACAAACUGAAGCAGAAGACCCUCCCAAACCUAAAACACAGUCCUAAACCCACAACCAAGACCAGGAUCAAAGUCUACCCCCAGACUCAGAAACUGUCCUAUUAUAAACCACAUCUGAAGUCUCAGUCCAGUGUUUCUUCAUCAGCGUCUGGAGCAUCUCUGCCUCAGUCCCAGUCCCUCAUUAAAACACGAGUUAAAUCAAAAUCCAGGAGGACCAGAUCCCACAAUCUAUCAUCAUCAAGACCACCUCCACAGAAAUCCAAGUCUAAGCUCAAAUUACAUUUAAAGUCAAAGUCAAGGAGGAUGUUAUCCGAGUACCAGAACGUGUCGCGACAGGAUACUCUACCAAAGUCAAAACCAACGCCCAAGUUAAAGAUCCAGCCGUCCCAGCCAGUUUGGGACACAUCAGUCCAGGCUGCUAUUAGAGUCGGAGACUGGAAGCUGCUCACAGGAGACCCAGGUCAUGGGGACUGGGUUCCCCCACAGGUUCUCGCCACCCUCCCCGGUCCCUGGUGGAACCUAGAACGAGCUCAAACAACGUUCUACAAAACCUCAACCCACAAAAACGUCUGGUUAUUCAACAUCACCGCCGACCCGUGUGAACGUCAGGACAUGGCAGACCAGAGACCGGACGUCGUCCAGCAGCUGCUGGCCAGACUCGUCUACUAUAACCAAACAGCCGUUCCAGUUUACUUUCCGCCUGACGACCCCCGAGCAAAUCCGGACCUGCACGAGGGAGCCUGGGCACCCUGGGUGGAUGAGGAGGAGGACGAGGAGGGGAAAUAUGAUGGAGUAUACAAGAAAGGAAGAUAUGGUAAAAAGAAGAAGAAGAAGAAGUGUAAGCUAUGCAAGCUGCAGUCAUUCUUUCUGAAACUGAACACCAGGAUGAUCUCCAGUCGGAUUUAAACUCCGUCAAAGACUCUGAAAUGUUGUUUUUACAAAUUCUUCUAAUGACUGCUUUAACCCGCAGAAACAUGUCCCAUAACUGUCCGCAACUUUAACGUCUUCCCUUAAAAGUUUGUCAGAGUAGCUGGUUUUCUUUUGGAGUCAGAGGGAUUCUUUAGUACUUCCAAGAGGAGCCAGAGGACGCUGUUCUUUUAAUUUAUCAAAGCAUCUCUGAACUGCAAAACAACAGUUAUUGGAGCGUGGUUUUCAUGGACUUCUUAAGCUAAGUACUCUUCACAGACAGAAAAAACAGGAGAGACAAAGUCGUACAAUAGAAGGAGGAAUAUCUGACCUAGUGCAAUACUAUCCUUGAGAAAAUGUGUUUAACCUCAUAACACUUACCUUGUAUUAUUUAAAAAGAAAAACUCAAAUAUGUAAAUUUGCACAGCUUACAUCCAACUCACAGCCACAGCAAAGGCAUUGUCCUCCAUGUUUUUGUUCUUUUUGUUUUUGAUAUUGCAACGGUGGAAAUUCUCUACAAACCAUUGUCAAGUUUACAUGCCUUGAGUGUUUUCUGUUUUGACUGUUUGGUCUGAUAAAGACUAAACUCUGAUUACAAAUUCUACCUAGAAAUGUAGAAUCAGCCGCAGGGGUGUGGAUUCUCCACAUGGAAAGUGUCCUUCUUUUCUAGUCUUAUACGUCAUCCACAGCCCAUGUGGAAAGAAAAAGCAAGAAAGAAGGUUAUCCAGCUCACAUCGACCUUGAUCCCACAGCGAGUAAUUGAUCUUUAAAUUAAGGUACACUAUAUGGAAAAAAGUAUUCAGCCACAUGACCAUUACACUAAUAUGACUGCCAAAGAGGGAAAUGUAAAUGAUCAUUCAACAGAAGACGUUUCCACUGCUCCACAGUCCAGCGUCAGUGUGCUUUACACCUCUCCACCUGACACUUGGCAUUGGACUUGGUGAUAUAAGGCUUGCAUGCUGUCAAAUAAAGGAAUGAAAAAGCCCAAAAAUAAAUCUUAAAAAAAAAAAAAAAAAAAAAAAAGAACUCCUCGGCUAUGGCGUCAGCAGAAUGUUGGCGACUUUUACACACCAUGCGCCUUCGAGGUCACAUAUUUUACCCCUUUUAAACAAGUUUAUAUUCAUCUCAGAGGUCCCCAAAACAAGCCUGUGAAGUUUUGGGAACCAGUAUUGGAUUUUUGCAAGUCUUAAAAACUCUUCUGUUUCAGCCCUGCUCAAGACGAGCUGUUUUUGUGUCUGUGGCUUUAAAUGUUAAUGAGUUGUCUGACUCCACCUCUCUC